AUUUAGUAGUUCCUAUCUUAUGGGGAAAUUAUCCAUACUUUAAUUGUGAGAAAUCAAAAGAAAAAUAUUCUAAUAUAAUACUUUCCUGCCUACCAACAUCUUCAAAACAACUUUUAUUUGAUAAUAAUAUUAAGUUAUCCUCAGCAAUUCUUUCAAACACCCUAACGUUUAAUUAUGUCAGUUUUUGUAAAUUUCAUAGAACUGGAAUUAUAGAUAAUAUUAUAAAGGUAGUAUUUAAAGAAAAUUUAAGUAUUGUUGAUUAUUCAAAAAAAAGAAAUCUUUUAGAGCAAGAAAUUUACAAGUUAUUUAUUAGUCAAUGUGAAGGCAUUAAAGAACUGGAUUGGCGAACUUCUCAACCUUUACCAUCAUUUCCAGGAGCUAUAACAUUUUUCUCCCAACUCUAUAGUCUAUAUAUUGAUUUAUAUUAUGUAGAUUCACAUAAUCUUUAUCAAAUGGCACAAAUUUGCAAAGAUUUGAAUGCACUAUAUGUUCGAAAUUUCAUUCAAGAUAUUCCCGGAUUAAUUUCUUUAAUCAAUGCACAAAGAAAUUUAAAAAUUAUAUCAUUUGAUUUUAAUAUUAAGAAAGGGACGUGUGAGGGACUAAGUGAGGCAUUAGCAAGAAAAGGCUGUACAAUAAAUGAACUUUCGUUAUUUGGCUCAGUUGGAAUUAUUCCACAUUCGUUUUUAACAUCACUUAUCAAUCUAAAGGAUCUAACAAUUUAUUAUGAUUGUGAAAAUUAUGGAGGGAUUAAAGAAUUCCAGAAAUGUUUAGCAAAUUCGGAAUUUCCGAAUCUUCAGUUUCUUGAAAUUGAUGAUGGUUCAUUAUGCUUUAAGGAAUUGGCAAUGUUAAUUGAAAAAACAAAAGGAAACAUUACAUAUAUUUCUGUUUAUAUGUCUAAUAGAUCUGCUGAUAAUACAGGAAUGUUACUUAAAGCAAUUUCUAAUCAUUGUCCAAAUAUUGAGAACUUAACUACAUAUAUUGGAUCUGAUGAUUUGAUUUAUGUGAAAUCAUUAUUAAUGGAUUGUAAUAAUUUAAUGAGUUUAUGCCUUAAUAGUUUUAAUGAAAAUAAUGAUAUGGGGGAUGAAUUAUUAAAUAUUUUAAUUAGAUUUUCUCCAAAAUAUUUAACUGAUAUAACAAUUAGUGGAAAUUUGGAAUAUUCUAUUAGUGCUUUUAUAAAUUUUUUUGAAAGUUAUAGAGAGCGAAAACCACUUUGCUUUUACAUCAAUGAUAAUGGAGAGCAUAUUACAACCGGACAUGUAGAUGUUGUUAACAAAUACUAUGGUGAAAGGAUAAUAACAAGUUCAAAUCUUUUAGUUUAUGAUCAUUUCAAUUUCGCGUAUAAUUAAAUUUUAUUUAAGAUGAAUUUUUUUUUUUGGAUAUAUCUAUUUGUAACUAUAUGGUGAUAUUUAAGUAUAUAGAUUCUAUAGUAA